AGUACUGCAAAAUGGUUGAAAAAGAUACUCAACUAAGCACUCUCGAUGUUGGCGAGCUGGAUCUGUUUGUACAAAGUAUGGAACCGUGGCCUAUAGAGGCUAUUGGUAAUCAAGCGUGGUUGGACUGGCAUAUACGAUUACAAAAAUUAAACCAACAAGCUGUUUUGGAAGCCUCUACCAUGCAAGAAGAACUUACAAAAGAGAUCUUAAUUUCGUAUGGCAAAUUGCCCAUUUUAGUGCACGAAGCAAUAUGUAUCCAGGUAUGGCGCUCAAAAAUUUACCCUAAAAUACUGAAAUCAGAAAUCCCCUUAGCGAAUACAUUUGGUAUCUACAUGGUGUUGUACCAUGAAGCAGCCACUGUAGGUCUUCUAGAAACAGUAUUAUUUCACGAGGACGGUGCUCAGUGCAUAAGCGAAGUUAUAAUAGAUCUGCUGCAUUACUCUAUUGAGCAAUUAACAUCGCUUGUAGCUAUCCUGAAUGAUGGCUAUCUGGGAUCGGAGACUAAAAAUACCGAAGGAGAAUCCAUACUUGAAGAGUUGGAACGCCAGAAGCGCUGUCUGCAAUUCGAUAUAAGCAUGAGAUGCAUUUCUAUUGUGCGGUACCUAGCUGAGCACAUUGAGUCUACAGGAGUUGGUGCGUCUUUAUCGACUAAUAUCUACAAAACUCACGAUUUGCCAUCACUGCUAUGCCAUCUAAUACAGUUACAGCCAUGGAGAAAAUUUGACGACAAAGGGAACCUGCUUAUGUUUAAUUACGGUCGCUGGUCGAAGCCCACUUCUGAGGAAUCGUCCCAGCUGCAUCGGACGGAAGCGCAGCUUUGGCUCUGUUUCCGGCAACUACUGUUGGAACCUCGUCUAACUCAUUACUAUACGAUCGAAGAAUGUCGUCGGGCUGCUUUUUGUAGCCUGGAAGCAAAAAUAUCUGACUUGAUGUUGGACCAGAUUCCACCGUUAGGGGAUCUCAAGAUGUUUUUAUGCAGACUUGCUGUAGGGGACUUCUCGAGUCUUCACAACCGCGCCAACGGAACAAAAAACCCUGGUUGUACCCUUAUAGAGGUAGUACCUCAAAUCAAAGAAAAUUAUUUGAAAGAAGUUCGUAAACGAUCAAAGGCCAUAAGUAAAGCUCAGAUGAAGAACUUUCAAAUGGAUGGUUCUGAUGAGUCAAGGAACAUGGCAAAAAAGCUACUGGAAUCCUACACCAGCGAUGCUGCUCUAGCGCUAGACAGCGGCGGUGCUAAGUGCGCCAAAUGUGGGGACAAGGCCAGCAAAAAAUGUUCUAGAUGCAAGACUGAGUGGUAUUGUGGAAGGGAAUGUCAAGUGCAGCAGUGGCCGAAACACAAAGACAUUUGUGACCAAUUUGCAAACCUAUGUGUGUAAUUUUAUACCAUAAGCAGAAUAAAACUACUAAGAAUUU